GGGACGAAUGUCCUGGGGUCUCCCGGCGCGCCUCUUCGCCCCACCCCGCGGCCCCGGCGGCGCACACGGGGUGGCGGGGCGCGCACGGCCAGUCAGGCGGCGCGCGAGAGUGGGCGCGCGGGGCCGUGGCGGCCUCUCUCGGGAGAGGACUUCGUGCGCGCGGCUUCCUCCUUCCGGCGCGCGGCCGCCCCAACCCAGGCCCGCCGGGCCUCGGCGCGUAGGCCGCCAGGGCAGCAGUGGCGGCGCGCAGGCCUUCGGGCGGGGCGGGCCUCCGGCUGUCUCGGACGCCGGGACCCCGUGCGCUUUGCCCACCCGCCCGCGAGGCCGUAGCCGAGCUUCGCCCUUGCAGCCACGCAGGGCCCGAAGACCCCGGCCAGCCCCGACUCCACGGAGGUUAUCCUGCACAGUGACAGGAGGAACCAAGAACUUUAGGCACAGCAGCUACUGCAAGGAAAUGUGGACCCCAGGCCUCAGAAGCGUUGACCAAUUCCCUAGGCGUAUUUUUGUGAUAGUUCCUUUUACAAAUAUCCGUAAAAUGGAGAACGAGAGUUUUACGCCCCUUGUGGAGCAGUUCAUGGCCAGCCCCUUGGUCACUUGGGUUAAAACGUUUGGACCUCUGGCUGAAGGACAUGGGACCGACCUGGAUGAAUAUGUGGCUUUGGUGGAUGGGGUAUUCUUGAACCAGGUCAUGUUCCAAAUUAAUCCUAAAUUGGAGAGUCAGAGAGUCAGUAAAAAAGUCAACAAUGAUGCCUCACUUAGAAUUCAUAAUCUAUCCAUUUUGGUGAGACAGAUAAAAUUUUAUUACCAGGAGACUUUGCAGCAGUUGAUCAUGAUGUCAUUGCCAAAUGUAUUAGUCAUUGGCAGAAAUCCCUUUUCUGAACAAGGCACAGAAGAAGUUAAAAAGUUGCUUUUACUUUUACUGGGUUGUGCAGUUCAGUGUCAGAAAAAAGAAGAAUUUAUUGGAAGAAUUCAAGGCUUAAAUUUUGACACAAAAGCAGCAGUUGCUGCCCAUAUUCAAGAGGUAAUCAAUAAUCAGGAGAAGUUUGAUCUUCGGUGGAUGGAAGAGACUGAUAUGUCUCAGGAGGAACUAGAACCACUCUUGAAAAAUAUGGCAUUGCAUCUAAAAAGACUUAUAGAUGAAAGAAAUGAACAUUCAGAGACUAUCAUAGAACUCUCUGAAGAGCAAGAUGGUCUUCACUUUCUACCCCAUGCCUGUCCAUCUGUACAGUCACCCUGUAGUUCUCCAGGCAUGAAGCAAACAGAAAGUCGACAACUGGCAGACGCUAAAGCCAAGAUAAGAAGGCUUAGGGACGAAUUGGACGAAAAUACUGAAGAGUUAUUGGACUGCAAAGAAGAACUUGAGCAAAUGGAAAUAGAAUUAAAAAGGCUGCAACAAGAGAACAUGAACUUGCUUUCGGAUGCUCAUUCUGCAAGAAUGUACCGAGAUGAAUUAGAUGCACUUCAGGAGAAGGCAGUCAGACUUGAUCAGCUGGAAAGUGAAGUCAGCAAAUAUAAAGAAAGGCUACAUGAUACUGAAUUUUAUAAGGCAAGAGUUGAGGAAUUAAAAGAAGACAAUCAAGUUUUAUUUGAAACAAAAACCAUGUUGGAGGUCCAAUUAGAAGGCACUCGAGCUCAUUCUGAUAAAUUGCAUGAAUUAGAAAAAGAGAAUUUACAACUAAAAACUAAACUGCAUGAUAUGGAAAUGGAAUGUGGUAUGGAUAGAAAAAAGAUAGAAGAGUUAAUGGAAGAAAAUAUGACUUUGGAAAUGGCACAGAAACAGAGUAUGGAUGAAUCAUUACAUCUUGGCUGGCAGCUAGAACAAAUAUACAGAACUAGUGAACUUUCUGAAGUACCACAAAAAUCUUUGGGCCAUGAGGUGAAUGAAUUGACAUCAAGUAGUUUAUUGAAAUUAGAAAUGGAAAACCAGAGUUUGACAAAAACUGUAGAAGAACUUCGGAGUAGUAUGGAUUCUGCAGAAGGUAACACUUCCAAAAUCCUGAAAGUUCAGAAGGAAAAUCAAAGACUAAAUAAAAAGAUGAAAAUAUUAGAACAGGAAAAUGAACAUCUGAAUAAAACUGUGUCUUCCUUAAGGCAGCGCUCCCAGAUAAGUGCUGAAGCAAGGGUGAAAGACAUUCAAAAAGAAAAUAAAAUUCUCCAUGAAUCUAUCAAAGAAACAAGUAGCAAGCUAAGCAAGAUUGAAUUUGAAAAAAGACAAAUUAAAAAAGAAUUGGAACAUUAUAAAGAAAAAGGAGAACGAGCAGAGGAACUUGAAAAUGAGUUGCAUCAUCUUGAAAAAGAAAAUGAAUUGUUACAGAAAAAGAUAACCAAUUUAAAAACUACUUGUGAAAAAAUUGAGGCCUUGAAACAAGAAAAUUCAGAGCUAGAAAGAGAGAAUAGGAAAUUUAAAAAAGCACUGGAUAGCUUUCAAAACCUUACUUUACAGUUACAAUCCCUAGAAAAAGAGAAUUCCCAACUUGACGAGGAAAACUUAGAACUACGAAGCAAUGUGGAAUCUUUGAAGUGUGCAAGCAUGAAAAUGGCUCAGCUACAACUAGAAAAUAAAGAACUGGAAAGUGAAAAAGAACAGCUUAAGAAGGGUUUAGAGCUCAUGAAAGCAGCUUUCGAGAUAACAGAAUGCUUGGAAGUUAGCUACCAGGGUUUAGAUACCGAAAAUCAAAGGCUACAGAAAGAUCUAGAAAACAGCAAGAAGAAAAUUCAGCAAUUAGAGAAUGAACUUCAAGACUUAGAGAUGGAAAAUCAAACAUUGCAAAAAAACCUAGAAGAGUUAAAAGUAUCUAGCAAAAGACCAGAACAGUUAGAAAAAGAAAAUAAGUCAUUAGAGCAAGAGACUUCUCAACUAGAAAAGGAUAAGAAACAAUUGGAGAAGGAAAAUAAGAGACUCUGACAACAAGCAGAAAUAAAAGGUACUACAUUAGAAGAAAAUAAUGUGAAAAUUGGAAAUUUGAAAAAAGAAAAUAAAACCCUCUACAAAGAGAUUGGUGUUUAUAAAGAAUCCUACAUUCAUCUGAAAGAAUUAGUGAAAGAGAAUAAGGAGCUCAUGAAAAGAGCAUCUAUUGAAAUAAAAACUUUGGUUACAUUACAAGAGUUGCUAAGCCAACUUAAAGGAAAUAUAGAAGAAGAAAAUCGACAUCUGCUAGAUCAAAUUCAGACAUUAAUGCUACAGAACGGAAAACUAUUGGAACAAAAUAUGGAAAGCAAGGAUCUUUUUCAUAUUGAACAAAGACAGUACAUUGAGAAGUUAAAUGAAUUAAGAAGACAAAAGGAGAAAUUAGAAGAAAAAAUAAUGGAUCAAUACAAAUUUUCUGACCCAUCUCCUCCUAGAAGGAGAGGCAACUGGAUUACUCUGAAAAUGAGGAAAUUGAUGAAGUCUAAGAAAGAUAUUAAUCAGGAACAUCAGAAAUCUCUAACAUUAACACCUACCUGCUCAGACUCCAGUGAAGGAUUUCUUCAACUCCCCCAUCAAGAUAGUCAAGUCAGUUCUUCAGCAGGUUCAAACUCUUUAGAAGAUGGCCAAAUUUUGGGGACCAAGAAAAGAAGCAUGGUUGCACUGAGAAGACUGCCCUUUUUGAUGAAGAGACCGAAGGAUAAAGACAAAAUGAAGACCUACCAUCGUUCCAUGUCUAUGAAUGACCUGGUGCGGUCCAUGGUCCUAGCAGGAGGACAGUGGACAGGUAGUACUGAACAUUUGGAGGUUCCUGAUGAUAUUUCAGCGGGUAAAAGGAGAAAAGAAUUGGGAGCUAUGGCCUUGACUACAGCCAUCAACUUUUCAACUGUCAACUCUUCUACAGGCUUCAUAUGCAAGCAGUUGUUUAAUAAUAAAAUACUACCAUCCUCUGGAGAUGUAAGUCCACAAGGUAUUAGUGAUGAUUCUAGUACGAGAUCAAGAGUUCAUGCUUCAAGAUCAGCCAGCCUUGACAGUAGCCGAACAUCCACUGGCAAUAGCAAUAAUAAUGCUUCACUCCAUGAGGUCAAAGCAGGUACAGAUACUAUUGAAAGCAGGCCACAAAGCCACAGCAGUGGAGAAUUUAGCCUGCUUCAUGACUGUGAGGCUUGGUCCAGCAGGGGUAGCAGUCCAAUCCAGCACUUGAAAAGACAAGCCAGAUCAAGUCCAGGGCUCCAGCACAAAAUGCCUGAAACGUUAGAGAGUCGAGCACACCACAAGUUCAACACUGGUUCCCCUGGAAGUGAAGUUGUUACUCUGCAACAGUUUUUAGAAGAAAGCAACAAGCUUACCUCAAUACAGAUAAAGUCCUCAAGUCAAGAAAAUCUUUUAGAUGAAGUAAUGAAAAGUUUGUCUGUCUCUUCUGACUUUUUGGGAAAAAACAAACCAGUUAGCUGUGGUCUGGCCAGGUCAGCAAGUGGGAAAUCUCCAGGAGACUUUUAUGAUAGACAGACAACUAAGCCUGAACAAUUUGUAAGACCUGGUCCUCCAAAGACUGAAGAUACUUAUUUCAUUAGUUCUCCAGGAAAACCUACACUAGGCACACAAGGAAAGAUAAAAUUAGUAAAAGAAACUUCUCUGUCACGACAAUCAAAAGAUAGUAAUCCUUCUGCCAUACCUCGCGCAAGCAGUGUGAUCUCUACUGACGAAGGAACUACUCCAAGGACAAGCGUCCAUGAAUUUCUGACCAAGGACAGUAAACUGCCUAUGUCAGUUGAUUCACCACCAGCUACUGCUGAUAGCAGCAUGACUGCAGCAUCCAGUGAGUACCGUUUACAUCAGGGGUCCUCUCGUGCACUUCACAGUCCAACAUAUGCUGCUGUGGGUUCUUGUGCACAAAAUGACUUAGCUACACAUAAGCCGGAGUGUCUAUAUGCCCAGGCUGGAAACUCAAGAACAGAAAGGUCACAUUUUUUAAACCAAACUUUUGCCACUAUUAAUAUGACUAAUUAUGCAUUUGUAAUAUCAGCUAAAGAUAGCACAGAGUCAUUUACUGUGGCUCAUCCAUCUCAACCAUUUGUAUCCCUGAAUACAGAAUUAGUUAGCAACAUAAGUGCACCUCCUAGGCCAGUCCCCAGAGUAACUGAUCAGGCUUCUGCCUCCUUGGAUAAAGCUGCCGAAAAAGGUAAUCAACAGUUGUCUGAUAAUCAGAACCCUAGUAACAGUAACCCACAGUCUUCUGUAGACAGAAGUAAUCUUAUCACUCCUGCAUGCCUCUAUCCUAGUGACACAGAAGCUACAUUGUUGGUUUCUGAGGAUAAUCACACUGUCUGGUAUGAUUAUGGUUGUGUAUGAUCAAAACCACACAAUACAAAACAUGUCAUUUGAUAUAUACUACACUUCUCUAAUCUGAUUUGAAGAGCUGCUGUAUAAAACUAUCAUUUGGCUAGGUUUAUAUUUUCACUUUUAAAUUGUGGCAUAGUGUUGAGUUGUACAUGAUGGCAUGUAUACAAACGUGAAUGUGUAACCCCACCAAAGCCUGCAUGAAUAAUUAAUUGCAUUGUGCACACUGUCUGCAUGACCUUAAAAACCUUAACAAUAUAUGCUCCUCUUUCACAUUUCUUGUCACCUGGUAAGAGAGUACUUUGAUACCUAGAAGCAUGUUAAAAUAGCUGCAUGCUGUAAUUACCAAGAAGGCAUUUCCAAGUCACAUUUACUUUGUUACUUCAAAAAAAAUGCUCCUUUUUUUCCCCUCCCUCUCUUUAGCUUUCCUUCUCCCCCUCCCGCCCUCUCUUCCGCUCAUUCCUUUUUUUCCAGAAUGUACACUUCAUAUUGCACAUGGAUGGUAUUAGCAAGGGGAAAAAUAGGAAAAAGGUGCCAUUUUCUUUUGCCAUUUAACUAUGCCUUCUGCCCUGCUGUUUUAUUUUCAAAGAAAUAGUUAAUAACUCAGUUAACACUUUGUGUAGCAAAUAUUUACUGCCCAUAUUUAUAAAAUUGUUGAGAUUUAAAACAUUGUUAAUACUCAUAAAUUCAGUAUAAUUCUUUAAAAAACAUCGAAUUCAAAUGUGACCUAUACGAUGACUGGGAGCAUUUGUAUUAGUUUUAUUUCUUCUCUGCACUUUUUUCCAUCUGGUAGUAUAAGAGCUCAAGUACUAUCUUACCUUCUAGACAACUUUUUUAUUUGGAAUCAGUUAACACAAUAGUUUUUCCAUUACUUUUUUUAUGUAGAGUCAAAGAAAUAAACCAAAUCAUACUGAAUGUGUUGGAAAUUUGCAUUUUCACUUCUCUUCAAAAAGAGUAGCAAGUUAAAAAGUGAUGAAGAUUGUAACUUCUGUAAUUCUAUAAUUCAUUUCUAAUUAAAUUAUACAUGUCCUUAAAACAGAAUUUUCUAAAAUGAGUACAUUGUGCUAAAAUAAAAUGUAAGAUUAGAAUUUGUAACCAUUUAAACGAAGUAUGUUUUUGGUAGAACAAAUUUUGGAACUAAGAAUAAAUACAAACUUUUAGUUAAACAAACAAACAAAAAAACCAUGUAAGAUAGAAAAAAUAUUUACUAACUCUGACUCCAUUGUCAUAAGCUUUAGAUUAUCUUGCUGUGGUCAUAGCAUGUUUAAAGCACAGUCAGCUAAACUUGAAUGUCUAACUCCCAGAGUAAAACAAAACACCUCUAAAACCCUAUAACCUGAUUCACUUACUGGAGGAGUUUGUCUUAGAAUGUUUUUGCCAUUUUGAUUCAGCCUAAAUAUUACUGGUAAUAACUCAGGCUGGCAUCUGGAAGGAAUACAUAACUUUCUAAAUGGGAAGGAAAUUAUUAUUUUAUACAUGUUAAAUUAUUAUUGUUAUUAAUUGAGCCAAAGCAAACAGAAUCUAAUAAAUCUUUGCUUAAUGAAAUUUGUAUCCUUUGCAAAUUAAGCCAUCCUCUUAUACUUACAAAAGAUUAAAUCAGGGGCUAGGCCCCUUCCGUUUGUAUCUUUGACUACACUCCUUUUCCCAUAACCAGCUAUUACUAAAAAUGGUAGUGCAGGUGAUCAAAUAAAAUCAGAACAUUUUCAUAGUUCUGUUUUCUAGCACCACCUAUUUUCUACUUGAGUGUUCUGUCUGUUUUAUUGUCAGUUGUUUCACAGCCAAUCUUAACCUUUCAAAUGUUUUUGGUAUUCCUUUUCUUUUCUUACAACCUAAUAAUAAAGGCAAAUGGUAAAUGUAGGUGAGGUUAGAUGGGAACCAUAUAGGAUACAAAUGUAAUAAUUAGUGUUAUUUCUUUUCCACAUAGUCAGAUUAUUUCACAACCAUUUCAGCUUUUUUGACACUAUAAAUGUAGCCAUACAUUAAACUUAAAAUAUUAAACUUAUUUAUGCAAAACACACUGAGAGAUCAUGUGCCAUUACAUUAAAAACUAUGUGAUUAUUUUAUAAAGUUAGACUUAUAGGAAAGGAGUUAUUUCCAAUCCAAAUGGCUAUAGUUAUAUAUACAGCAUGCUUUCAAAAAGACCGUAUACACUGCAUGUAAGACAGGUAUAUACCAUGUCCAUGUGUCCUGAGGAUCGUCUGAGAAAACAGGCUUGACUUCCUACGGAAACUACCACCAGCUGUGGAGUCAUAAAAUUCCUCCAAAACACUAGGUUCUUACCUAUGUUUCUUCAUAGCACUUCAAAUAAAAUUUUUAGCAACGGUAAAAACCUUAGAAAUCACUUAAAGCCAAUGUUUCCUAAACUUUAAAAAAAUCAACAUAAUACUCUCUAUAAAUGAGAUCUUACAGAAAUGCAGUUUUUUCUUCUUAAAUGAUAAAAGUGUAGCAAUUCUAACUCAACUGAACAGCUGCACUUUUUUCCUCUAAAACAUCUCCAUAAAUACCCUACACCUUCACAAAGUAUUAUUUGAAGAACUAUUUGGAGAUUUAGUCCCCUAAUUUUUAUAUUAAACUGAUUAGCUUUCAUAUACUUGGCCUAAGUUUCUAGAAAUUGUACCCUUAUUAUUUGUGUGACAUUGUAAACUUAUAUUAGGCAUUGGGUCCCUUUGGACCAAAGCAAUUUCAGCUAUACCCAUUUAAGUGGGCAUAUUAUUGGCCUAUAAAAUAUGCUUUAAGCCCUGUUUUUUUUAGUAGAUAAUACAGAUAUUUCACUGUGGAUGUUUCUGUUGCUGCAUGGAUUAUUUUUUACUUUAAAACCAUAUGAGACCAUUUAGUAAAUAAACAUAGUAUAAGUGAACUUAUCUGACUCUAAAAGGGUAUGUUAUCUUAGCUUUAAUACAUAAAAAUCAGUCUUUAAGUAAUGAGGUGUCUUGUGGAUUAACAAACUUCCCAAAGUUAGAUACCUUUCUCCUUGCCCUAAUCAGUGAGAGCUCUUUAGUUCUUAUCUUCAUGAAUUGUAUUCUGUGUAACCUUUGAUUAAAUAACAUGAAAUGCUUUUCUCCUGCAGAUGUGGGCAAAGUACAAGAAAGCAGAAAUUCAAAAAGAUUGUGCAUUGAGUCCCCUAUACAGAAUUUUAUUGUUGUUAACAACCAUUUGAUCAAUAAA